UUUCGUGGUAGUUUGUAGCUGAUAGUACUUGAAUGAAUGUUUCUGAUACAGUUGGAAAUUAAGUAACAAAUAUUUUAUUACGAUACAAAAUAAAUAUCUGAAAUAUAGAUUACAGCAUCAAACGAAAUGUGUGCCGUAAAAAAUAUGCAUACUUCGAAAAUUGUUAAUCUCUUGGCUCCCUUCAUAUUUAACCUUAAAAUGAUAUGAAAGGAAAUAAAUUCUUGUGCGGGUCGAAUUUAUAAUGUUAUAAAUAUGUUAUGGAAUUGGUAACUAUGACAAAAAUGAAAGAAAGGGAAAUGGAUAAAAAUAUUAUCAUACUGUUUUAUAUACUUUUCAUUGGACCUCUAUCAAUGGCAUUAUUUUUAUAUGGAUUUUUCCCUUUGAUAAAUUAUGAUAAUACUAUAGCAACUGAAAAUGAUAUUCCAAAAUUCAUAGAAAAUGUGAGAGUAAAGAUUGAUACAUUGUAUCAACCUAUGGUAAAAAAAUUAAUCAUUAUGGUCAUUGAUGCUUUAAGAUGGGAUUUUAUAACAGGAUCAAUUGGGAAAGUAGCUAUGCCUGUAACAAGUAGUCUUAUAGCAAAUUCUUCUGCUUGUUUGUUCCAAGCAAAAGUACAACCACCAACUGUCACAAUGCCUAGAAUAAAGGCAAUUACAGCUGGUAUUAUUCCUAGUUUCAUUGAUGUAGCCCUAAAUUUUGGGAGCAAAUCAAUUAUUGGUGAUAGUGUGCUUCUUCAAGCAAAGAGAUAUGGCUAUAAAUUAGUAUUUUACGGGGAUGAUACUUGGCUUACAUUAUUUCCCUCUAUAUUUGAUCGUUAUGAUGGUACUACAUCAUUCAUUGUAACAGAUUUUAAUGAGGUUGACAAUAAUGUGACUAGACAUUUGCAUAGAGAAUUACAUAAUACUAAUGAUUGGUCCAUAAUGAAUCUUCAUUAUUUAGGACUUGACCAUAUUGGUCAUGUUCAUGGACCAUUUAGUCCACUUAUUAAAACUAAACUUAAAGAAAUGGAUAAUGUAAUUGCAAAAAUUCAAUCAAAAGUCCAAGAAUGGAAUCAAAAUAAUGACUCUUCUUUGUUUAUUAUCUGUGGGGAUCAUGGGAUGAAAGAUUCUGGAGGUCAUGGUGGAUCAACCAUGUCAGAAACAACUGUACCUUUAAUUGCAAUUGGUGGAGAAUGUGUGCAAAAUGAUAAUCAUUUUAAAGAAAUAGCACAAAUUGAUAUUGCAUCCACAUUAUCUAUUAUUUUGGGUGUGCCAAUACCAUUUUCUAAUUUAGGAACUGUUUUUUUGGACUCUUUAUACAAGUUGCCUAUUUCAAAAACAUUAUUCAUACUUUAUUAUAAUGCUAAACAAGUGUUCAACCAUUUUCAACAACUGACUGACUACAAGUCUGAGUAUGCAUAUCAGAAAUAUCUAGAAGCAGUAAAACUUCAUAAUGCUUGGUUGAAUACUAAAGACCAUCCAAAUGACAUGACAGAUGACAUUGUACUUUCUUAUAAGAUUGCACUUAAAGGAAUGAAAGAAGCACUUAUAAAUAAUUUAAUAAAAUAUGAUUUCCAUAUAAUAACAGUAGCCAUAUUCUUCUUGUGUCAUAUCUUUUUUAUUUUAAUGGGGGAAAAAAGCCAUACAUUGGUUGCAUUUAAAAAUACUAUUUUGUUGAUCAUUUUAAACACAUCCUUAUGGAUAUCAAUAAAUUUCAUUUGGGAAUGUGAAAGCAUAUCAUUACUUUGCACAAGGAAUUUAAUUACCAUUGCAAUAGCAUUAUUUAUAAUAACUGUUUUAAUAACGAAUUGUUAUCUACUGGCCAACAUUAGUUGUUUUAAUCUUUUCACAGUUAAGAAAAUAGAAAAUUCGGUAGGAAGGUGGCUAUUUCCAUUCAGUGUAUUUGUACAUGCAAUUAGCCUUAGUGGUAGUAGCUUUGUGGAAGAAGAACAUCAAACUUGGUAUUUCUAUUGGGUCACUCUUCUUGUACUAUUACUUUAUAAUGCUACUACAAAAUUAUGUUUACAUUUGCGAUUUUACAGAAACUACAAACAAUAUUUGUAUGCACAAACUUGUAUUAAACUUUUAUUACUAUUAAUUGGGCAUAGGAUUCUUAGGAAAUUAAAUAGUACCGGGGAUAAGUAUGCUCAUCUUCCUGAUAUAGCUGGGUUCUUGAUGGAACAAGAAAAUAUGUUAGGGAUGACAAUAGUUCUUAUCACUGCUCUUACACUUUUGAUAUGGCUUGAUUUUAUACAUGAGGAUAAAAAGUAUAAACAACAAUCAUUAAUAUUUAAUACAGUAAUCAGUGUAUGUAUUUACCUUCGUCACAUGCAUAACAAUAAUGUGAUCAAAAUACCAUUAUAUCCUCAGUUUAGAGGAAUAUAUGAAGUACAAAUUUUUUGGAUAUUACUGGCAAUAAACAGUUUAAAUUAUAUUUAUCGUUUGGCAUUAGUGAUCAAAUAUAAUAAGGAAAAAUUUUUUAAAAUUAUGUUGUCAUGUUUUGUAAGAAUAUGGAUUAUGAUUACUGCAAUGCUUCAUCAGCCACAUAAUGUAAUACUUUUGCCACUUCAAAUAAUUUUUAGUAGUAUGAUUAGAGCAAUACUUAAAGAUAAUAAUACACAACAAGUAAAUACGUUUGUAUAUGCUUGGAUUGGCAAUUUAUAUUAUUUUUAUCAGGGAAAUUCGAAUAGUUUGGCAACUAUUGAUGUAGCUGCAGGUUAUGUGGGUAUACAAUCAUACAUGCCAUUUGUUCAUGGGUUACUAUUAUUAAUUAAUACUUAUUCUGCACCCAUUUUGGCAUAUCUUUUGCUUAUUUACCAUGCGGUAUUGCAGAAUCCGUAUGAUACACAUGAGAUUAUUACACAAAUCAGUAGAAUGUAUAUUAAAUGGAGAUUAUUACCAGUAGUUAUUUAUACAAUUAUAAUCAGUAUUCAACGUCAUCAUUUAUUUAUAUGCAUCCAGCACAUACAGGUGUUAAGUUGA